AUGACAUCGUCGAAAAGGAAGAACGCCAACGGUAGUGGUGGCAAACGAAAACAUCGAAAAUUAAACCAUGAUGAUCUACAAGAAAUUAUAGACAUGGUAAGAGUUAAUAACGAUAAAAUGCGUAUUGAAAUCACUCCAAAGAGUAUUGCCGAUAUUGCUAAAACGGCUCACGAAAAUAAAUUGCAAAGAAAUAUGACAAAACACUCGACGGAAAAAAGAAAUUACAAUGUGGAAGAUAGAGAUAUUCAGGAGGUUGCGCGUAUCGUCGAACAAAAUAGGAAAAAAGUUCAAAUACCUAAAAACGCGUUUCGCGUAUAUCAAAUACAGACACAACGUCGUUGUGGGUACAACGAAUACAUUUAUAAUGUUAGAAUAGGUGCUGGAAAUAUGAGAAUGCUUCCUGAAUUUUAUGCUAGCCUUCGUGAAAUAUUUAAUUAUUUAAUUAACACUAUGAAUUAUAUAGCUAGUUCAUCGAUGGAUAAAGCACGUUUUUAUAUCUCUAAUGCACCACAUGCAGCAUUUUCAACAGCUAUUUUAAACGUUUCCGAUUUUAAUGUUGAUAUGUUUUUUGAUAUUUUUGAAAGACAUAUGCAAAGCAAUGCACAGGAA